CCGGCGGCGGUCAGUCCACGCAGAGAUGCGCCCGCGACGCGCAACGCGGUCCGCUCUCGAUAUACCGGUUAAAAGACGAUAAAUGAAAACAUUUGUUUUGAUUUCAAAAUUAACCAAGGAGGAUUUACUUUUAUGGCAGGAUUUUUUUUGACACAGACGUGGUUUAACCGCCACACAAAUAUGAAAGGUUAAUAUCAAAAAAAUAUUAUUUCAACAAGCUCUAACAUUCUUUGGUAUCCAACAACAAAAUCAGUGAUUAUAAUUAUGUAGUAUAAAAAAAAGAUCUUCGUCAAAGAGGACUGAAGUGUAACCAUGUUGUAAAGAUUCUUCCAUUGGACUAUUCUCAACAAAAAUUUCAACAAUCAGGCCAAAAGUGUAUUAGUGUUGUGGUCUCAAAUUCUCUCUCAUCAAACAACUCAGCCAGAACUGCAAUAAAGAUUUAAGUGGAACAAACUAGUGUCCAACAGCACUCUAAUCAACAGAAUUGAAGUGUAAUCUUGUGUUGAAACUGUCAACUGUUCUUCGAACUAUUUAAGAAUUUAGGGUUGAGAAAAAAAAACUUAUCCAACCUCUGUGUGCUAAUGUGCUAGCAUCCCAAGGAACUUCUUGCCGAAUUGUGUGGUAAAUGUGUGGAACUGUCUACCAAAAACUAUUGAUAGUGUACCGUCAGUGAACACUUUGAAAAAUAGACGAGACACAUAUUUUAGAACUUUAAAAAGUGCAAAUCAGCUCCAAUAGCUACUAGUGUAUAAAUAAAUAGUAAUAAUUAUCAACAAGAACUUCAACAUGAAGUGUAACAUUACGACGUGUCUCCUGGUGCUGAUGCUGGGAUUGGUGAAGGGAGACAUCCUGAACAACAUCGGGUCUCUCCUGCCGCCAUUCUUGACGGAGAACUUUGAGGAGCUGGUGAAAACUGCUGAUGCUACGUGUAAAGUCCUCCCCGUGGACGUGCUGUUCCACCGCCCGUUCACCUUCGAGGCUCCUCUCAUCGACUUCGUGGAGUUCACCAAUGACUCCAACAGAACUUACCGCGUCUCCGAAGCCCCCAGGAUCUUCAUGAGAGAACGACCCACCUCCCUAGUUUUAUAUGUUCCUGGUUGGUGGAAUACACCUACUGAUGAAUCUAGCUAUACUUUAGUUAAUGCUUUGUUAAAGAAGAUACCUAUGGUACUGGUGUUGGAUACUAGAUUAUCGUUUUGUAGAGGUUAUGUAGAUUCAGCGUCAAGAGUACAACCUUUAGCGCGUCUUUUAUAUUCUUUUUUAAGGAGUAUUAAUAAGAAGGGAUAUAAGCUAGAGAAUGUACAUUUGAUAGGCUUUAGUUUAGGCGCUCAUGUAGCAGGUAUAACAGGAAAGCUAGUACAACAAGGAAUGAAUAAAAACUUAAGCAGAAUAACAGCUUUAGACCCAGCUAAACCGUGUAUAGCUCAAGGCUUUAGAUUAUCUAAAAGCGAUGCUAAAUUUGUGCAAGUUUUUCAUACAAGUGCUGGCGUUUUAGGUCUUGAGGAUCCUGUAGGAGAUCUAGAUGUUUAUGUCAAUGGGGUUGAUGUAAAGCAGCCUGAAUGUCAGAAUAGGAAGAUAAGUUUAGAAUGUGAUCAUGCGCAAGCUUGGAAGCUUUUUGCAGCGUCAGUAGUUGACGAGAAAUCAUUUAAAGGGCAGAGGUGCGCUGAUUGGGAAGAUUUGAUGAAAGGAGAGUGUAAAGGUAGCGAGAAACUGAUAGGUUAUGGGUGCAGUAGUAGGACUAAGGGGAUGUUUUUGUUAAAAACUGAAGAGCAUGUAGCUCAGAAGAGGGAGGAUGUGGAGAAAGAAAUGAAGGUGUUCAACCCUGUGGAAAUAUUGACGUCUUGGUUGGGGCGAUGAUGGGUGUAAAGUUUUACUUGGUUUUUAGUAUAGUUUAGUAUUGUCUGUGAUAUUUAAUUUAAUAAAGAAAUAUGUUAACUUA